AUGCCGUAUAUCCGGAACGGCAAGGUGGUGGACAGCCCCGGCUGGUGGCUGAGCAUCCUCGGCUUCAUCACCGGCCUGUUCAACGCCAUAAUGGUGCUGGUCCGCACCUUGGUUGACCCCAACGCCGCACAGUCCUACGUGGAACAGGGGCAGCGCCGCCGGCCCCCCGACCGCGGGCCGGGCGGCGGCGGGCCGGGCGGGAGCGGCGGGUCGCGGAUCGUCGGAUUCGCGGACAUGAAGGGCAUGGGGGCGCCACCCUGCGGCGGGGGCGGCUGA